AUGGCCUUCGUCCCAACCCCAGUUUGCGCCUCCCUCACCUCCCGUUUCUACGGCGUCGCCCUGACCACCACCCGCCCAGGCACCUAUUCUGCACCGCCAGCCCCUCGUGGCCACCCCGCCCCCACCGCCGCCCUCGACCCCGACAACACGCCCCCCAAGUAUCGAGGCCCGCGCUCCACCCCGUUGCUCGACUCGGUCCCCUUCCCCGAAGACCUCAAGCGUCUCUCCUUUCCCGAUCUUAAGAAGCUCGCGUACGAGCUCCGCUGGGAAACCCUCCGCGCCGUCUCCGCCACGGGCGGCCAUCUCGGCGCCUCCCUCGGCGUCAUCGAACUUACAGUCGCCUUGCACUAUGUCUUCAACACACCGCACGACCGCCUCAUUUGGGACGUCAGCCACCAGGCAUACCCCCACAAGAUUCUCACCGGCCGUCGCCACAAGAUGAGCACUCUCCGAAAGUCUGGUGGCCUUUCGGGAUUUACCAAGCGCACAGAGUCCCCGUACGACCCCUUUGGCGCAGGCCAUUCGUCUACCAGUAUCUCGGCUGGCCUUGGCAUGCAAGUGGCAAGAGAUAUGGCUGGCAUUCCAGGUAUUUCCGUUGCAGUUAUCGGAGAUGGUGCUAUCACCGGUGGACAAGCCUACGAGGCCCUUAACAAUGCUGGCUACCUCAAGAACCGUAUGAUUGUUAUUCUUAACGAUAACGACCAAGUAUCUCUGCCCACAGGCACCAAAACGGUCGCCGGCGUUCGUCCGUCAGGUGCUCUCAGUGAUUAUACUUCUCGCCUCAUGUCAUCCAGGCCGUUCCAGGAUAUGAGAGGUAUGGCCAAAAGCUUCUCCAAGCUCUUCCCAGAGGAGAUCCAGGAUGUCGCAGCGCAGGUUGACGAAUAUACGAGGGGUAUUAUGGCGCAGGGAGGUACGCUUUUCGAGGAGCUUGGUUUUUAUUAUGUUGGUCCCAUUGAUGGACACAAACUUGAUACCCUUGUUCCCGUGCUCGAGAACGUCCGCGACAUGCCUGGCAACAAACCCGUCUUGAUCCAUGUCAAGACUGAAAAGGGCAAGGGAUACCCCCCCGCUGAGGGUUCCCUAGACAAAUAUCACGGUGUCGCCCGUUUUGACGUCGGCACCGGCAAGCAGCACAAGAGUGUCUCCCAGACCCCCAGCUAUACCUCCGUCUUUGCAAAAGCAUUGAUCGCUGCGGCCGAACAUGAUCGCAAGGUUGUCGCCAUUACAGCGGCCAUGCCCGGAGGCACUGGUUUAAACAUUUUCGGGGAACGUUUUCCGAAGCGGUGCCACGAUGUCGGCAUUGCUGAGCAACACGCAGUGACGAUGGCUGGAGGCAUGGCAUGCGAGGGAUACAAGCCGUUCUGUUGCAUCUACUCAACCUUCCUGCAACGAGGUUACGAUCAACUCAUUCACGACGUUUCCAUUCAAAAGUUGCCAGUACGAUUCAUUCUGGACCGCGCGGGACUGGUCGGAAACGACGGACCAACGCAUCAUGGCUCCUUUGAUCUCGCCUACAUUGGUUGCAUUCCUAACAUGAUAAUCAUGGCCCCUAGCGAUGAGUGUGAGCUACAAAAUAUGGUCGCCACAUCAUUGGCAAUUAACGAUAGCCCCUCUGUCGUGCGCUACCCUCGUGGAGUUGGGGUGGGUCUUGACGUUAUUAAUCAGAAGUUAGGUGGCAAGUAUGAUGUGAUGCCAGAAAGAGGUCAUACGCUUGCGAUUGGCAAGGGUCGCAUCAUUCGCAAAAAAGCUCCAAGCCCGAAAGAGGGUUCAGUCGCCAUUCUCAGUCUAGGAACAAGGCUCUUGGAGAGUGUGAAAGCAGCCGAAGCUUUAGAGGCGAGCGCUAUCCCUGUCACGGUCGCCGACGCUAGGUUUAUGAAGCCCUUGGAUCGAAAUCUGAUUCGCAAGCUUGCCAAUGACCAUGAAAUUAUCAUCACUGUGGAGGAAGGUUCGAUCGGUGGGUUCGGAGACCAUGUGCUACACUUUGCUGUGCUCGAGGGUAUGUUGGAUGAUGGAAAGGUCAAGUUCCGCCCCAUGGUUCUACCAGAUCGAUACAUUGACCAUGGCAGCCAAGGUGAGCAGUAUGAAGAAGCUGGACUGAGUGCAUCCCACAUUGAGGCGACAGCAAUGAGACUGGUAGGAAGGUCUACUACAGUGUUGACAAGUGAACGUGCUCUUGAUCUUAACCAGAUGCAAAAGUGAAGGAUGCACGCAAUUACUUAUGGCAAUGAGCGAUAGGAUUAGAAUUCUGCCUUGGUUUUCGAUGCUCGUCAUUGACGGAUGUCGUCCAGAUGUACACCUCUGUAGCCCUUUUUCCGAACCACGGCCAGUCGUCGCAAGAGACUGCGAUAGCAUUUCUGCGGUAGCAGUCGCGACGAUGUAUCAAUGUAAUAAAAGAAACCCGAAAG